AUGAAGAGAAGUUAUGAAAAUUAUGCUGCAUCCAGCAAUUCAUAUCCGAGCAAUAAUGCACCAACAAGUACCAGCACCAACAACACCACUACUACGGUUGAACAUGAAACUAUGACCUCUCUGAACAGUAAUAACAACAAGUUGGAAAAUGACUCUUUUUUGAAUAGUCCCACAACAAAACUUUUACAUGAUUUUCAGGUCAACCCAUCCCUUUUUCAGCAACAAUACCAAGCUGUUUUGAGGCAGAUCAUAAAGUCUACCUCUCUCCCAACAACAACUCUUUUUGAUAGCAGCAAUGGAUGUAGUAAUCAUCCAAAGUGCUCAUCUCCAACCACAGUUCUUCCCUCCGCACUAAUUAGAAAUCCUUUUCAGUUAACCAUUUCUGUAACUGUACCCUCAACGACUGCCCUAUCUCUCCUUCAGACGAGCUCGAAUACUUUUCUUUCCUCAAUAAGUAAUUGUACAAGUAAUGCAUCAGCCAUCUCACCAAAGACGAUUCCUUCACUUUCUCCCAAUAACCAUAAUUUAACAUGUAACACUUCUUGUUCCUUAACUCAGCCUGGUUCACUCUACGGGAGUUGUUCCAAUGUAUCAUCAUCCUCUCAACCUUCAUCUUCCCAACCUACCAACAACAACAAUUUCUCAUCUUCCUCGUCUCGAUCGAAUUGUGACAGUCCAAGCAGUAUGGAGAGAGUUCACAAGAAACUCAAGCUAACUACUUUGGGUCAUCUUGCUCAAAGUCUUCCAUACUGCAUCAAGUUGUUGAUUUUACAUUUUGUUGAGCUACCCAUUCUUCAAUAUGUGGAGUUUAAAGAAUUACCACAACCAUUUGACAUGUCCAAGUUAGAGCACUCUUGUAAACUAGGAGCACACUUGAUGAGAAUUCUGUUUGGAUAUUUCACUCACGAUUCUACAAGAACAAUCCAUUUAUUGUUUCCUUGCUUGGACUUUACAACAUAUUGUCAUGACCCUGCCCACCACCACUUUGAAGAGCAGUCUGAAAGUGACAGCAAUGGUAACAUGAUGGCUCAUCCACAUCAUCGUACUGGUACGUCCACAUCAUUUCGAUCUCUAUCUACAUCACCUAUCCAUCGCUUGAACACUUCAUCCUCCACACACUGUCCCUUAGAAUCCAUUCGUUUUACUGACAAUCUUGAGCGUUUAAUGUUUAGAUGCAGAAAAUUCAUUUCUCUCAAAUUUUCUGAUUGCAACCUAAGUGGUGAAGAAAUGAAAUGUUUUGGAGUCGCUAAACAAGGAAUAGAAACUCUCAAACAUAAUAGCUUGAAAACACUUGAUUUCAGUAAGAAUCACAACUUCUCUGCUGCUGGUUUUAAGCAGUACUUACCUACCAUUGAACAAAUGCACGGUGCCUACCCUUAUCCCAACUUAACUUAUUUAAAUCUUCUGGAAACAGCAACCGAUGCCGUUUCUUUAUUGUAUGCCUGUACCAGUUUUCCCAAACUUCAAAUUCUCAAACACUCCUUCUCACAAGAACAUGUUGUGGAAUACAAUGUUUGUGUGAAAGGACUAGCUGCGCAUAAGCAUCUUCAACAAUUACACCUUGAAUGCACCUCUGGAUACUAUGAACUCAAUAUGAAAGAUUUACUUCAGUCGAAAUCACUUAAAAAGAUUGCUUUGUUUGGAUUUCAGUUUUCUGAUGAUAAUGUCUCGUGUGAAGCUUUUAGAAAUAAUACUUCAUUGAAAAAACUCUCACUUACUAACUGUUUCAUUGCUCCUAACAGAGAGACUGUAGCAGAAUCUGUAUCAAGCAGUAGAUCAAUCAGAGAACUGAUAUUUUCAGACAUUAAUCUUGAGAAUAAGGACAUUCAACUUAUAUCUGAACGAAUGGACUUGUUACAGAACCUCAUCAUUGGAGGAUGUGACUCCUUUCAUAUGAACAGUACAGGUUUUACCAAUUUUUCCAUGCUAAAAAGUUUACAAAAGUUUGUUAUCGACGGGUUUAGUGAUUAUUGCUCCCUUAAUUUCGAAACCUGCAGAGCUUUUUGCCUUUCUAGUUUGACAUUUCUGGAGUUGGACGGGUUUCAGGAAGCCAAUGACUCAUAUUUGGCUCUGAUGUUAAAACAAGGUGUCAACCUUAAGGCCCUUAAAGUUAAACAAACACGGAUUGCUUGUAAACACAAUCAUACUGAACUAGCCACCGCAUUGAGAAAUCACAAGUGUCUUCGCCAUUUGAAGCUAGAUGAGAAUGAGGCUAUUGGUGAUUCUGGAGUUAUGUUUUUACUUCGCAACCUUCCUCCCUCAUUGGUUAAGCUUGGGUUAACAAUGUGUAACAUCAGCGAUAUUGGAGCCAAAGCACUCUUUUCCAACAAACAAAUCAGAAAGCUCAAAGUGAAAAUGAACAACAUCACUGAUGAGUCGUUAAAGUUGUUGAGAUACAACACUACACUUAUAUAUAUCAGCAUUGACGCAUUACGAGGAGAAGAAGUAGUUAGAGUUAUUGGAGAAGAAAACAAAACAUUGAGGCAAUUGAGCGUAAUUAGCAUUCCAUUAACAUAUGCAACGAUUGAUAGUCUUACAAAAAACACUACCCUUCAUUAUCUUAAAAUUAAGAACUGUGAUCAGUUAAAUAAGGAGUUGAAACAAAAAUUGACAGACAGAGCGUCAUUUGGUGUGAUUUUCAGAGGAAUCUUCUCAGAGAAUGCAUUUUUGUAG